AUGAAUGCCAUGGAGAACUUGGAGAAACAACUUAUUUGUCCCAUAUGCCUGGAAAUGUUUACAAAGCCUGUGGUUAUCCUUCCUUGCCAGCACAACCUCUGCAGAAAAUGUGCCAAUGAUGUUUUCCAGGCUUCCAACCCAUAUCUUCCUACAAGAGGGGGCUCCCUGACGUCUGGUGGCCGUUUCAGAUGUCCAUCCUGCAGACAUGAGGUGGUGCUGGACAGGCAUGGUGUUUACGGGCUGCAGAGGAACCUGCUGGUUGAGAACAUCAUUGAUAUGUUCAAACAAGAGUCCAGCAGCAAUAGUAAGCCAGCGCCAGAAAGAAAAGAGGAAACCCCCAUGUGUGAUGUCCAUGAGGAAGAAAAGAUCAACAUCUACUGUGUGACCCACAGCGUGCCCACGUGCUCCAUGUGUAAAGUUUUUGGAGCUCACAAAGACUGUGAGGUGGCUCCUCUCACAAGCGUCUACCAGACUCAGAAGACGGAGCUGAGUGACGGGAUUGCCAUGAUGGUGGGCAACAACGACAGGAUGCAAGGCAUCAUCAGUCAGCUAGAGGAAGCCUGUCGGGCCAUAGAGGAGAAUGGUCGCAGGCAGAAGAAUCUGGUGUGUGAGAAGUUUGACCAAUUGUAUACCAUCCUGGAGGAGAAGAAGAGGGAUAUGAGCCAAAAAGUGACAGACGAACAGGAAGAGAAACUGAACUACAUCCGGGGUCUGACCAGAAAGUACGGAGACCAUCUGGAGGAGAGCUGUAAGAUAGUGGAGACGGGCAUCCAGACCAUGGAGGAGCCAGAGAUGGCUGUCUUCCUGCAGAGUACAAAGCCGCUUCUCAAAAAGAUCGCGGACGCAUCAAGUAUAUCCCACCUGGACAAAGUUGAGCGCGGCUACGAGAACAUGGAUCAUUACAGCGUCAACUUCAAGAAAGAAGGGAAGGCCCUUCGCAGCAUCGACUUCAUCCAAGAGGAUGAAGAUGACGAGGAAGAGGAUGAGGAUGGAGAGGCAGGUGCUGAGGAAGGAGAAGGAGCUCAGACUGUUACAGGAAGCGGCACCGUCGUGGCUGCCUCAGUCCAACCUGGCCUCCAACCACAGACCAACGCCCCUGCUGCAGCCAAGAGUGCUGCCUCAACCUAG